GAUCACUCUCCUCGCAGUGUUUGUGGAGGGACUGGAGGGGCAGGGAGGCUGUGCCAGGCUGGAGGAGGCUUGCCUUUCCGAAGCUGGAGAGGAUUAUACAGGGGUUUGCCUUCCCCUGUCCGGGAAGAAUUUCCCCUCGGGUAGCAGCAGCAGCAGCAGCGGCGGCCGCGGCGGCAGCGGCAGCAGCCCGACCUCCUCUUCUGGGGAUCAGGGCAGAAUGCCGGUGCUGGAGCGCUAUUUCCCCGCGGCAGAGCCAGGCAGACGGUGGCCGGCCCGAGAAGGUGUGCUGCCCUCCUCCCUGGGCAGCCGGCCGCGGUGCCAGCAGGGGCCGCUGCCCUGGGACUUGCCAGAGAUGAUCAGGAUGGUAAAGCUGGUCUGGAAAUCCAAAAGUGAGCUGCAGGCGGCCAAACAGAGAGGCAUUCUGGAGAAUGAAGAUGCGCUCCACAGCUUGCCAGGAGAUGUACGACUAAGGGGUCAGACAGGGGUUCCUGCUGAACGCCGCGGCUCCUACCCAUUCAUUGACUUCCGCCUACUUAACAAUACAACACACUCAGGGGAAAUUGGCACCAAGAAAAAGGUGAAACGACUGUUAAGUUUUCAAAGAUACUUCCAUGCAUCGAGGCUGCUCCGUGGAUUUGUCCCACAAGCCCCCCUCCAUCUGCUGGAUGAAGACUAUCUCGGACAAGCCAGGCAUAUGCUCUCCAAAGUGGGAAUGUGGGAUUUUGACAUUUUCUUGUUUGAUCGCUUGACAAAUGGAAACAGUCUGGUAACACUGCUGUGCCACCUCUUCAAUACGCAUGGGCUCAUUCACCAUUUCAAGUUAGACAUGGUGACUUUACACAGGUUCCUAGUCAUGGUUCAAGAAGAUUACCACAGCCAUAACCCGUAUCACAAUGCUGUUCAUGCAGCCGACGUCACCCAGGCCAUGCACUGCUACCUGAAGGAGCCAAAGCUUGCCAGCUUCCUCACCCCCCUGGACAUCAUGCUUGGACUACUGGCUGCGGCAGCACAUGAUGUGGACCACCCAGGGGUGAACCAGCCAUUUUUGAUCAAAACUAAUCACCACCUCGCCAGCUUAUAUCAGAAUAUGUCUGUGCUGGAGAAUCACCACUGGCGAUCUACGAUUGGCAUGCUUCGAGAAUCAAGGCUUCUGGCUCACUUGCCAAAGGAAAUGACACAGGAUAUUGAACAGCAGCUGGGCUCCUUAAUCUUGGCAACAGAUAUCAACAGACAGAAUGAAUUUUUGACCAGAUUGAAAGCUCACCUCCACAAUAAAGAUUUAAGGCUGGAGGAUGCACACGACAGGCACUUCAUGCUUCAGAUUGCCUUGAAGUGUGCUGACAUUUGCAAUCCUUGUAGAGUCUGGGAGAUGAGCAAGCAAUGGAGUGAAAGGGUCUGUGAAGAAUUCUACAGGCAAGGUGACCUUGAACAGAAAUUUGAACUGGAAAUCAGUCCUCUUUGUAAUCAACAGAAAGAUUCAAUCCCUAGUAUACAAAUUGGUUUCAUGACCUACAUCGUGGAGCCGCUCUUCGGGGAAUGGGCCCGUUUCACCGGAAACAGUGCCCUGUCUGAGAGCAUGCUAAGCCAUCUUGCACACAACAAAGCCCAGUGGAAAAGCCUGUUGCCCAAGCAGCACAAAAGCAGUGGCGGCGGUGGCGGUGGCAGCCCAGACCACACCGGCCAAGGGACUGAGAGGGACGAGCAGGCUGUGACUGAAGGCGAAACCCCGUAGAGCCAGCCAGGCCUACCCCGUGCUCUGCAUGUGGAGAGAAUGAGAACCUCAUUCAACAGAGGCCCCUGAAAGGGUGGACGCUCAGAGGGGUUCCUGCCCAUAAGCCCAGCUGGCGCUUCGGGUUUUGGAAUGCCACCCUCCUCCUACUUCCCUGCCUCCCCUCCCUUUUCCAGUGUACAGAAGCCAUUCGUCACCUCAGCAUUAGCUGCCGAGAUGAGCAACUCCAUUCGGUAAUGUGGGAACUGCUUCCGGGGCAAGUUUGUCCCUCAAGAAGAAGACUGGGGAGUAAGAAAGAGGUGCUUCUGGGUCCCACUGUGACAGGCAGCAGUUCCCACGUCCAGAGCAUGUUCGCGUUGGCCAGCUGACCGCUGAUCUGCACGAUAACAACACCAGCACGUUUGGGACUCCAAGGAUACUGGUCUUAAGUGCCAGAGCACAAAUGAGAGCGUGAGAGAAAGUACCUUCUAUUUUAAUAAUAAUUAUUAUUAUAAAAUAAUAAUAAAUCUUUUUAACUUUUAUAUUUUAUGCACUAGACAUUGGAUCUAAACGUUUGAACUAAGAUGACUCAGUGUACCCAAACUUGAACAAGGGGUUCAUUGUUUUGUUACUGAUUUCAUGCCACUUUGGGUCAGAGAUUUGGCAUCUUCUCAACUUAAGAAAUCCUGUCAGAGGGGAAGGUGCUGUGUACUCCAUUCUUCUGCACCAUUGGCCAAUCUGUCUUUUAUCAAAUAACUCAGAUUCAGUGACGUGUUUAUAGUCACACAUGUACAUUUUCUGUAAAUACCAAGCGCUACUGAUUCCCAUGCCAAAAUACAUGAGUAUUAUGGGAUUGCUACCUGUAUAAACAAUGGCACUGUGAACAGAAUACUGUUAGAUUUAAUACAAAAGGAUGCAUUUGUAAAUAUGGUAUAGAGUUUAUUAAUAUACUAUUGUUUGCAGAAAGGCCUUAACUUUACACAUCUUUCAUCUUCUGAAAGCCGCCCAACUUAAAUCCUCACAGACGUCUUUCCGAACUGCCUUGCCAUGUCCAUCUUUAUGCUUUCCAGCUAAGGUCACAAACCAAAACUGAAUAAAGUCUUUGAGGAAAUAUUUUGGAAACUUCACAUGCAUUCCGCUUGAGACCAUAGUGUUUAAUCUAUGGCACCAAGCAUCGUUUCCUCAGAUUAAUGAGACCGCUGCAGCAAGCCUGAAGUCAUUUUCAACACAGCGACGUUGCACACAGUUUAACAAGCAGCUGAUAAGCUUGUGUUUAUGUGACUCUUGUCAUGGAACACAGCGGUGUGUCAACCUCAAGGGAGACAUAACAGGUCUCGCAAACUUUCUACGACCCUGUCAUCUACCCAUCAGGGAGCUCCCUGGCCCCUCUCACACUUCUGUCUGUUAUGGCUACAGUACCAAAGCACCUUUGGUUUAUGGUUGGCGUGCAUUUCUUUGGUGUUAAUAGUAACUGGACUUUUCUUUUUCCUUAAUUUCACGUUUAAUUACCCAGCUGUUUAGCUGAAGUUAACUUUAUUUAGGUAAAGAAAAUAUUUGCAUUAUCUGGCACAAUUUACCUUCCUGUCAGGUGGUUGUGGUUAAGUACUUGCUCACAGAGUCACUCUGGAAUUUGCUUGCUGUUUUUUCCUGCAGACCUCUGGCAGUAAUAUCAAUCUGUUACAGCAUUCCUCUCUAGUGGGCUAACCUCUAUGCUUUGACCCUUUUCUUUAGAAGUUCUGGCAUAACUAAUGUUAGGUGAAAAUUGGUGAGAUUCCUUUCUUUUUAGCUUAAGCAACGUCUCAGUGGGAGAAUGACAAUCUGCUUGUUGCUGCCACUACCAAACCUUCUCACAAGCUAAUAGAAUGACAACCCGCUCCCACUUCCUACAAGCGACUGUUGGUUUUUUUUUUUUUUCUUCCAACGUGCAAAUGAAAUGUUAAAAAUUUGACUGAAUUGUAACAAGUUCCUGUAGAGAGACUGAGGUUUGCAGAAAAUUGGAGAAAGAUUUAGGGAAAAUUUGGGAGAGUUGAUUGUAUAUUUGUUAAAGUAAAAGAGAUUUCAGAUGGCAUUAAAGAAAGUGUGAAAAGCUCAUGAAAUGGGUAGAUGAUAAGUUGAAAUUGUUGGGGUGGGGAAGAAGGAAAAGUUGUGAAAACUUAACACUCACUCUUUUUUUCUGUAGUAACUAUGUACUGACACAUUUCCGUAUUGCUUUAAUUCUCUAAAACUUUCAGCCUGGAAAGGCCCCAAAAGAGAGUAUGUUGAAUGUAUGCUUGCUUCCAAACUUCUCUUACUUUGGGUUUGGUGAUGCAGAGAGGGCUUCUGAGUAGUUUAUUUUUCACGUACAUGAGAUCACAUUAAAGAAAACAAUUACUGAGGACAAUAUAGUAGAGAUAAGAAAGAUACUAUUUUAGCUAAUGGGACCUCUACUUUGAAUUUAAGAAACAAUUGUUUAUACAAAUUAUAUUUACAUAAUAACUUGAAUAAAUAAUAUUGAGAGCAUUUUUUAAGUAGUUCCUCAUUUCCAAGACAAAGAGCUCACAGAAAAAACUAUCAAUUAACUGACAGUGAAGCCUAUAAAACUGCUAAUAGUACGAAGUAAGAUGAGACAUG